AUGGCAUGUGGAAUACCACUCUUCUCCCGGUGCGUAAAAUGGCGCUUUGACUGCGGACAGAACUGGAAGCUUCUGUUUUUUUUGUUUCUCAACCAUUUGGUGAGCGGACAUAUCCGAUAUUCAAUCCCGGAGGAGAUGAAGAAAGGCUCCCUAAUCGGUAAUGUAGCUCAGGACCUUGGUUUGGAUCUGAAAAGGCUCCGUUCUGGUCGGGCCCGUAUCGUGACCGAAGAAAACAAUCAGUACACCGAGCUGAAGACAGACAAAGGGAUUUUAGUGGUGAAAGAGAGAAUAGAUCGGGAGCAGCUUUGCGGAGACGUAACGCCGUGUAGUUUCAGCUUUGAGGUGAUUUUAGAAAACCCAAUGGAGUUACAUCCGGUGAAAGUAAUGAUCCAGGACCAGAACGACAACCCUCCUCAGGUUCUGUACCCAGUCCAGACUGGUGGCUCUCUGGUGGCUGAGAUGGUGCCUCGUUCAGCAGAUGUGGGCUAUCUGGUCACUAAAGUGGUGGCUGUUGAUGUGGACUCUGGACAGAAUGCCUGGCUCUCCUAUAAACUGCAGAAAGCCACAGACAGGGCGCUGUUUGAAGUGGGCUUACAGAAUGGAGAAAUAAGAACUAUCCGCCAAGUCACUGAUAAAGAUGCUGUGAAACAAAGACUGACUGUUAUAGUGGAGGACAACGGGCAGCCCUCUCGUUCAGCUACAGUCAUUGUUAACGUGGCGGUGGCGGACAGCUUCCCUGAAGUGCUGUCUGAGUUCACUGACUUUACACAAGACAAGGAGUACAAUGACAACCUGACUUUCUACUUAGUGCUGGCUUUGGCUGUAGUUUCCUUCCUCUUCAUCACGUGUUUAGUGGUUAUUAUAUCAGUGAAGAUCUACAGAUGGAGACAGUCUCGUGUCAUGUAUCACUCCAAUCUCCCUGUGAUUCCGUAUUAUCCACCACGUUACUCGGACACUUUGGGGACAGGGACUCUCCAACACGUGUACAACUACGAGGUGUGCAGGACGACUGACUCCAGAAAGAGUGACUGUAAGUUCGGCGGAGCCGGUAGUCAGAACGUGCUGAUAAUGGACCCCAGUUCUACAGGAACGAUGCAGCGGAUACAGAGUGAAAGGAGCAUCCUGGAUGAACCAGACUCUCCUCCAGAGCACUACGAAACGGACAGCUCCUCUUUAGCUGUGAGGGCUUUUUAG